CACUUUCUGUGAGCUGGCAGGACCCGCCUGGCGGCUCGGGCAGGCUCUGCCUCCUUUCUGCUCCUGGCUGGGAGAAUCGCAAACCUGCCAGGCGGGUUUGGCCAAAAUCAUGUCUUGCUGCCUGUGCAAGCUCUCUCACUGCUCACUGCUCUCUCUCCCGGUGGACAGCGUGGGGGCUCGGCACAGAGGUCCACGGAGGUCGAGGCGGAGCCAGGGGCCAUGAUGGGCGCAGAGGGACAAUAGAGGCUGCAGACGUCUCACACCCCCAGUGCAGAGCGGCCCGGGUCAGGGCCACAGAGAGCCAUGGAGAGCUUCAUGGAGUCGCUGAACAGGCUGAAGGAGAUCCAUGAGAAGGAAGUCCUGGGCCUGCAGAACAAGCUUCUGGAACUGAACUCAGAGAGGUGCCGGGAUGCCCAGAGGAUCGAGGAGCUCUUUGCCAAGAACCACCAGCUCCGGGAGCAGCAGAAGACGCUGAAGGAGAACCUGCGGGUGCUGGAGAACAGGCUGCGGGCCGGCCUGUGCGACCGCUGCAUGGUCACCCAGGAGCUGGCCCGGAAGCGGCAGCAGGAGUUUGAGAGCGCCCACCUGCACAGCCUGCAUCGAAUCUUCAUCCUCACCAACGAGAUGAACGCGCUGAAGGAAGAGAACAAGACCUUGAAGGAGGAGGUGAAGCGGCUUCGGGGGCUGGGAGAUAGGCCCAAGCCCCCAGCCAAGGAGAGCACCUCAGAUCCCCCCUCACCCCUGCUGCUCCCUUCCCCCGGUGGCUGGAAGGCCAUCACAGAGAAGCCACCGGGAGGCCACGAGGAGGCUGAGGAAGACCACCAGGGCAUGGGUCCACGGGGAGAAGAAAAGCCAGCGGGGCACAGGGCAUCUCCAGUGGCCAGAAUCUCCCCAGGUGCCACCCUGCCUGAGCCGCGAGCCCCAGACAUGAGCCCCCAGCGCAUCUCCAACCAGUUGCACGGGACCAUCGCUGUGGUGCGCCCUGGGUCCCAGGCCUGCCCUGCCAACCGUGGCCCUGCCAAUGGGACACCGCCACCAGCAUUCACCAGAAGCAGCCCACCCAGCCCAGCGUACGAGAGCAGCCUCCCUCUGGACAGCUUCCUGCGGGCCUCCCGGCCCUCCGCCAUGACCCCCGAGGCCCUCAAGUGCUCCCCGAAGGUGGACCGGCUCUGCCUCCUCAACCGCCCCCUGUCUCUGCACCUUGGGAGCCCCCGCAGCAGCCCCCUGGCCCCUGCUGCAGCUUCCCAAGACCCCCGGAUCCAGGACCGGAAGGCCAGAGAAGCAGAGGCCUGGGAGGAGCCCACAGACCUGCUGGGGCUGCCCAGUGCCCUGGCGGGCAUGCGAGACCUUCACCUGGAGGGCGCACUGCACCUGCUCCUAGCUCAGCAGCAGCUGCGGGCUCGGGCUGGGGCAGGCAGUGCCAGGCCAAAGGACCAGCCCACAUGCAGGGAGACACUACCCUCCCCACCGGUGGGCUUGGACUCAGAGGGCCCUGGGAGCAAGGGGGCCAGGGCCAUUCCAGCCACAGCAGUCCUGCCUGGAGGGCGACACACUCAGCCCGCCAGCCCGGGCCACACCCAGAGGACAGAGGCUACAGCCACACAGGACUGUGCCCCAGACAAGCCCCUGGACCUCUCGGAUCGGGGCCGGGGCCGGGAUGCCACCAAGCCAGCCGGCCAAACUGAGUCACUCAGCCCUGCCACUGCCCACACUCCCAGCCCCGAGCCACCCACCCAGUCCAGACCCCUGACUCGCAGCCCUCAGCCACUCAGCAAUGGCACCAAGGGGACCAGAGCACCAGAGCAGGACGAGGCCGGCACUCCCAUGGACCCCUCAUGCCCACUUCCAGGGCCCCAGCUCGGCCUAUCCUCUCCAGGCAGGACAGGGGAUGAAGACACAGGGAGGCCUCAGCCGCCUCCGCACCCACAGCCACCUGACCCGGACGGCCACUCAGGACCCAGCAAGGUUGAAGUGCCGAGGCCAGAGUCCAACGAACUAGAUGAGGCGGACACAACCGGCAGCGAGGUGGGUCCCGGCUCCCAGGCUGAGGCCACUACAUACACGCCCGAGUGCGUCUGCGCCCAGGAGCACAAGCAGGGUCUGCCUCGGAAGAGGAAGCGGGCCUCGGAGCCUGAGGACAAAGCCUCCAAAAAGCCGUCCAGAGGGAGAAGGAAACUGACAGCUGCUGAGGGGCCCAUGAGCCCGAGGGAGGAGGACCACAGUCCCUCCCCCGGCAGCAGCCCCUGGGAGGAGACCUAGCCAGCCCGCACUGGGGUCCACAGCAAGCUGGGGCGGCCUCCACCUGCCCAGCAGGGCCUGGAGAGGCCACACCACCCGACCAGCAGACAGCCCCUGGGAGGGGACCCAGCCAGCCUGCACCGGCCCCACAGCAAGCCCACCACGGCCCAGAGAGGGCACACCACCCGACCAGCCGACGGGGACCCGGCCAGCCUGCACCGGGCCCACUGACC